UAUACCUUGUGUCGAUUAACUUUGAGCAGUUUACAAACAAACAGCGGCAUGCUCGUCUUACUACGAUUUUUAUCAAAAGUUAACAUAAAAUAGAAGUUUUCGCGUAAGUGCUUCAAUUAUAUGUAUCAAAUCUCUACGAAUGAUGGAAUCAAGUGCAAUUCUUAAAGUUUUGAAUGAUUUAGUUGCCGCAAACUUCCAAGAUCUCAAUGUCCAGCGACUACACACUAUCCUGGAACCGGCAGAGAAGGAUUUGAAUUCAUCCGAAAGCGACGAUUUCCUAUGGAAACUGUCCGUCGGGUAUCUAGAAGUCCAACAUCGUUUUCUAACCGCCUGUCUGAUUCAGAAACGCAACUCAACCGGAACCGGUACGAAAGAUACUUUAGCGGACGAGGAGUUGAUCAAUCUCCCGGAACAGCUGAUAUUCUUGCAGGCCGUGGAUCGGAUACGACAGUUCACGUUGAACCUGUAUUUACCUAAAGAACUGCGAGGUUUGACGAAAUGCGACUUACGAAUGAUGGUGCAGCUGGAGGAAGCGGAACGCCUAAGGCGGUUAAAGUUCUGUCUGGAAGCUUUUCGAAAGUUGUUCGAAGUUAAAAUUUUAACACUCCAAGGGAGCCUGGAAAACUGCAUCCUGGAGUACAUUGCUGGCGUGUUUAGCUAUCAUUUCGUUCAGGGGAGUUUCUCAAACAUGAAGGAAGAUCAGCUUUUCAAGGAUGUCGGGUUGUUUCCUGUGGAGCAGGUUUUCAAAAGUUUGCUGAUUAUCAAAGGCGUUCCGAACUUGGCGAUGGAACUCGCCAAACAGAUUCACCUAGAACUACUCCGGCUGACGGGGGAACCAGGCGGAUUCCCAGUGCUCUGUAGAACUCUCCUGGCAAACGUUCCAUCUGAUGAAACGCCCACGUGGAAGAAGAGCGAAAUCAUCGCAAAGAUUGUGGCCAGCAAAGGUCACACGAAGCAGUUCUAUCGCCAGGUGCUGCAGGAUGUGUUUCAAUUCUACGAGGCUUCCUUGUUUGGCCAUGACCAGGAGAGUCUACCCUACGUGGGCACUUGCAUCGAAUGCAUGAGGCAAAUGUAUCUGCUUCCUCCGGCGUACCAAGAGCUCCGGAACACAAUUGACAACUAUUUCGUCGGAAGAUUCGACCAACUGGCGGAGCCACCGGAGCUUCUCAGUGGAACAAUCCUGCUAGAACGAUCGCAGCUUGCUGCGUCUCUGUACCUCAAUUACAUGGCCUUCAGUGGAUCUUCCUGCAGCUCUCUGAGCUCAUCAAUUCUCACAGCUUACCUGCAAAUCUUCCUGAAAUUGUAUUCCAUGGUUCCGGCUGCGAUGCAAGAGCAGCAGCACCUCCAAACCUUAAUCAUAUUUUGCCUAUCCAACCGCGAUAAGCAUCAACUCGAAUCCGUCCUCGAAGAGCUUCUCCUUGUAAAUGAAAACCCCGUGAUGAAGAAACUUCAUCCAAGGAUCUACCUAAAGAUUGGACCCAAAGGUGAUGAAACCUAUUCGCUGCAGAUUGGCCCUCAACAGGUGGAGGACGGUCAGGACGAAGACACUUUGGCGCCCACAUUGAUUGAGAUUUUGAAAGCCUCGAACAGGAACCUGCUUAUCUACGACGUGUUCGUAGUGCUGCUGAAGCUGUUCGAGCGGUUUAGUGUGGGCACCGACCGAAACCUCCUGCUAGACGCCGAAGAACAGGACGCUUCCCAGUGUAAAGCAUUCCUGAGAAAGUACGUCAUCAUUCAAGCCCUGAUGGAACUCGUCAGUCACAAGCACUUUCACAGCCAACUCUAUGAAAAUCCAUCGGAUGUGCUGGCGUUUGUGAAAUCCCUUCUGGUGAAAAGUAUCGACCAUGUGCAAGCCAACGAAAGUUUGAUAGAGAUAAUCCUCUCGAUAUUCCAAGAAUAUUUGCAACGGCUUCAGACUCGCGACGAUGUACAGGAAAUACUCAAACUUCUCAAUCAGUUCAAACGUUCUGAACGUUGUGGUGACCAAUUGAGGGCCCAAAUCGAUCGCAUUUGUGACGGAAGCAAACCUAAGGACGAUGCCGAAUUGACCCCGUACCAGAAUGCGUUCAGCUUGUGCUCCGAUAAGGAACCGUAUUGCAAAGUGUACGGCACCACGUUGAUGAUCGGACUGCUAAGGCAACGGGACCAGGAAACCCUCACCCAGAAACAUGCGGUUCUGAUUUUGGCGCUGGACAACCUCCGAAGCGUGGAGAGUUACGCCUUCCUGAACUCGGUUCGACUGUUGGUGGCGCUGUGCAACGUGCUGGAAGCGGAAACGAUCGAGGCGCUUGUCCGGGAAUACCAGAGCAGUGCGAACGACGUGGACUACCGAUUGAAGAUUGGCGAAGCAACGAUGAAAACGGUGGAAGCCAUGGGACCGAUCGCGUUCAAAUAUCGCGAACAGUUGAUCAACUGUUUUCUGCACGAGUGCAAGAGUCCGGUGGAUGAGUUCCGGGCGUCCAGUUUGGCAAAUUUGGGAAUGGUGUGCAAAAUAUUGUCUUAUCAGGUGCACACGUUCUUCUAUGAGAUGUUCCUGGUCAUCAAGUCAGCCAUUGAGACCGAUACCUACCUUCCCGUACGGAGGGCGGCCAUUCUCGUGCUGUCCCAACUCAUCGAAGGUAUGGACAACCUGCUGGACUACCAAGAGUACCUCCUGUCGAUCUAUCGUUUCCUGAAGUUCAUCGCCGAAACGGAAAGGGACGACGUCACCCGACUGCAGGCCGCCGUCGGAUUGGAUCACUUGACGGCCAAGACGAAGGAUUUCUUCAACGCGGGCAAUAGUGCUCUUGCGACCGGAAAACUGGAAAAGGAGAUUCGGAUAUUCGGUAUUAAGGAGCAGGAAGCGGAUGAAAGGCGGAGGAACGCACGGAGUGGAGACAUACUGACAAAGAUGUUAGACUAAAAAAUGUUUAUUACAAUGAUCGAUUUUUUUGUUCUUACACAUAAGGAGGAUGGAGUACUAAUAAAGUUGUAAAAUCAUAA